AUGGAACCCCCUCAACCUGCGAACGUGGAAUCCACUGAGAAACCUACUAAAUCCAAUGUUCAUACAAAAAUGUCAAGAAAACGAAAACGGCCUAUUGAAGAGGUUAUUGCAGAACUUCCACCUCUAGAAUCAGUGAAAUUCCAUCCAAUACUGCCUGCCUCACGAGAUCCAAUUCUUAAUAUUCCAGCGAAUAUCAAUAUUAGCAGUCCUUAUGCCUUAUUUACUCUAUUCUUCUCUGAGGAAAGCCUUCAAAAUAUCAGUGAUUCUACUAAUCUCUAUGCAAAACUAAAGAAAGAUGCUAGAGAUACUGAUGAUGAAGCUCCAGAGCUUUCAGAAAUAGAGGAGAAUGAGGAAGCUCAAGAUAUAGAGAUUUCUGAAAUUUCUAUAUUCUCAAAGCCUUCUAUCCAACAAUAUUCAUGGAAAAAUACCAAUCCAGUGGAGAUAAAGGUCUUUAUAGGCAUUCUUCUCUAUAUGGAGGAUGAUUGGUGGUAUAAGGUAGAGCCGUUGGCUACUGAGUUCCAUAUGGCAUGCCGAAAAUACUACACCCCUGGCUCCAAGAUUUCUAUUGAUGAGAUCAUGGGUAUAAUGCCUAUGUUUCAAUUCCCUACAUUAACAAAAACCGGAUCUAUGGUGGUGAAUCUGGUGAACCGGCUUCCUACGGUAUCCACGCUGAAUACGCCGAAUGCCACGCCGAAUGCCACCCCUAAUACCGACCCUAAUAUCACCCCUAAUAUCACCCCUAAUAUCACCCCUAAUAUCACCCCUAAUAUCAACCCGAAUACCACGCCGAAUAUCAACCCCCCGAAUGCCACGCCGAAUGCCACCCCUAAUCAAAUCUCUAUCGCACAGCCGGUCACAUCCUAUUCAAUUUAUAUGGAUAACUACUUUACAUCAGUUCCUCUAUUCAAAGAACUAUGUCAACAGGGGAAAGUCUUUGAAGGUCAACCACAAAAGAAGCUGAAAAUCCCAUUGAUUAUAGAUGAUUAUAAUCAUAAUAUGAAUGGGGUAGACCUAGCAAAUCAAUACUGGGCAGCAUAUACUAGCCAUAGAGUCACCUAUCGAACCUGGCUUCCUAUUCUCUACUGGCUUAUCGAUUCCGCGGCUGUCAAUGCAUACCGGCUUCAAUAUAUAUAUAUGAAGCAGCAAGGGAUUCCGGCAAAGGAUCUUCCUUCUCAUAUAAGCUUUCAUGAGAAGCUUUAUCAACAGCUCUUUGAAUUUGCACCUAAGAUUCAUGAUAAUCUUCCUAUCGAACGAUCAAAUCCUGAUCUAAAUCAUCAACGAAUUCCUCUUUCAAAACAGCGUGUUUGUGCCUGGUGUCAGUAUAAACGAAAGAUUGGCCAGCAGGAAGCAAUGGCAGCCAAUUUCAAUUCCGAUAGCCUGAAGGAGCUCCGGUACCGCUUCGAAGAUGCCGCAAUUAAAUGCUCCGAGAGAUGUCUAUACCAAUCUGCAAAAUGGGCUGCGGAAAUGCUAGACUCUCUAGUUUCGUUCGAUGAUAUCGACGAUGGCGCAGAUACAGAUCCAGACUCUCCAAUGGAGAUAACUUCUCUCUCACCGCCUAACCCAUUUCUACAAACACAAGACCCCGAAGAAGCUGCUUUGGAAGCUCGCGAAAGUAACAAAUAUAUCCUUGCCAAAUCGUACUUUGACACACGGGAGUAUGACCGAUGCUCCGCUGUUUUUUUGCCUCCUUCUACUUCCGCCAUCCCACUCGCCCCCAUCUCUUCAAACAAAAAGUCCAAUGCCCCAGUUACCCCCAAAAAAACGAAAGGAAAAUCUACUUCCUUUGGAGGGUCGACAAGCAAUGCUACAUCUCAGAGCCCCUUGCCGCGAUUGAGCCAAAAGUCCCUAUUUUUAGCUCUUUAUGCUAAAUAUCUAGCGGGAGAGAAACGGAAAGCUGAGGAAACAGAAAUGGUCUUGGGCCCAGCAGAUGGAGGCAUGACCGUAAACAGAGAACUUUCCGGCCUGGCACAGAGGCUGGAAUGGUGGUUUUCUGAUCGGAAGGCAAGGGGCCUGGAGGGACAAGGACAGGGAUGGCUUGAAUAUUUAUAUGGGGUUAUUUUGCUUAAGGGGAAAAACGAGGAAGAAGCCAAAACUUGGCUGAUUAGGAGUGUUCACUUAUACCCUUUUCAUUGGGGAGCUUGGCAAGAAUUAAAUGAUCUCCUUGCCAAUACCGAAGAUGCAAGUACAUCCUAA